UGUCCUCAUAGCCCUUUGAGCUAUACAGUAAAGCCUCUCCCAGUCCCACCUAGGAAUCAAGUUCGUGUCAUGUGCGACUGUGGAAAAUAACACACUUGGGUGCUUUAUUUAUUGUAUUUUAUAAAUCUGCAAUCGUCUCAAGAAUGUUUUCGUCUACGUGGAAUUUCCUGAAACGCCACAAAAGGAAAUUUAUUUUCGCUGGUGCUUUUGUCGGAGGUGUGUACUUUCUUGGUAAAUAUGCCCAAAAGAAAAUGCAAGAUAUACAGGAGCGUGAGGCAUCAGAGUAUAUCGCUCAAGCCCGACAUCAGUUACACUUCGAGAGUAACCAGAGAACGUGCAACAUGACAGUGUUGUCAAUGCUCCCUACAUUAAGAGAAGCCAUUUUACAUCAUCUAAACUCAGAGAGCCUCACUACACUGCUGAAGAGCAAACCAGUAAAUAAACUUGAAAUAUGGGAGGACCUGAAGAUUAUCAGUUUCACCCGAAGUGUCGUGGCUGUGUACAGUACCUGUAUGUUGGUUGUUUUUCUCCGUGUUCAGCUCAAUAUCAUUGGUGGCUACUUAUACAUGGACAAUUCUGUCAGCAAGAAUGGAAUGAUGCCAUUGGCCCCUCCAGACGUUCAACAACAGUACCUCUCCAGCAUCCAUCACCUCCUUGGGGAUGGGUUGAGUGAGAUGAUAACAGCGGUGAAGAAAGCUGUGCAGAACACAUUAGGCGGGGUGUCCCUGAAGCAGAGUCUGUCCCUGCAGGAGCUGGAGCAGCACCUGAAUCAGAUCAGAGCCCAGGUGGAGGAGGGGGAAGGGGGCUCCACACACAGAUGUCUCUCCUGGUACAUGAUGCCUGAUGAGGAGAAUACUCUGGCUACACAGGCCUGUCGUCUGACGGAGAAUGAUAUCACUACGAUAAAGCUGCUCAAUGAGACAAGAGACAUGCUUGAAAGCCCGGACUUCGGCACUGUACUCAACACUUGCCUGAACAGGGGCUUCAACCGUGUCCUUGACAACAUGGCAGAGUUCUUCCGGCCCCCACCGGGACCACAGGAAGACUCCACCCCCAGCACUACACCUGAUGGACUCUUGCAUGUAACUCUACCAGUUGCCAAAAUCAUACCCAUUGUGAAUGGACAGAUCCACUCAAUCUGCAGUGAAAUACCAAGUCAAUUUGUACAGGAUCUCCUGAUGAUAGACCAAGUGAAGGAGUUUUCUGCCAAUGUGUAUGAGACAUUCAGCACCUCCCAUGAACUGCAGAAAUAAGGGAGUGGACAUAUUACUUGUAGACCUGGACCUCUCGGCCUUCUCUGUAUCUCUGCAUGACGCUGUGGACAUCACGGAUGGAGGAAGAAAUGCACUCAUUCUCUGUACCAAGUCAGAAAACUCAAGAGGAUUGGGUACUUGUAAAGUUACUGUUCCCUGUCCUUGGUGAGAGAACUGUGUUCCAUUGUGGAAUGAAGGGUUGUGAACGGCUGCCUACUCUUAUCUGGAGACUUCAAGGUAAAAAACCCACUGCAUCUUAGGAACCUGAGUUUUUGUCCUACCUUUACUGAUCUGUUCCCCCAAGGCAUAAAAAGUCUUAGAAAUUCAGCCAGACAGCCCUCCCUGAAUCAAGUCACUUUCCUGUGUCAUUAUGAAAAAUGAAGACAAGCCUUAUCCCACUUUAUAUAGCUGUUGUUUUGAUACAUUAAAGCUGAAGUCCGCCAAAGGAGCCACUGAC